AUGGAUCAUCGCAGUGAUACCGAUUCAGAUAAAGAUCUGCUCAUCUAUUCGCUGCACGAAUCAUUGCAAAUUCACAAGGAGAUCGUCGAACGUAUACAGGGCGAUAAGGAAGAUUAUGAAGAACGAGUGGAGCAGGAACGAAUGGUGGAAAGAGCGCAGUAUGAGAAGGAACGCGAGCGGUCCCAGCAGGUCCUGGAAGACCAAACCCAUCGUUUCCACCGUUUGGAGUCCGCUUAUCACUCCUUGAUGAAGGAAUUUGAACAGAGAAAGCAAGAGUAUAAGCGCAUGGAGAGUAAUUUCUAUUCCCAUGUCCGAUCGAUCCGCGCCACCGAUGAUGACUUGUCCACAGUUCAACCAAAAAUUCAACAACUGCUCAGCAACGUCAAUAACUUUUGUAUGAGCAUGAAGUCCAAGAUCGAUCGCGCCUCCGCCACAUCCUUCAUUUUUCAGCAUUGGCCUGAAAAGGAAGCAGGCAUUCGUCAGUACAUGCUUUCCUCAGAUGACGACGAAACCGAUCCACUGUUAGAUACUGUAUUUAUUACCAUUUUCGCCGAAAAGUUAUUGUUCAACCUCUUGGUGAAGCACAUCUUGGAUCAGCCACUGCAUCUGGGCAUCUCGGUCAAUGAAUCGUUCGCGGAUUUGGACGCUUGGAUAUCGAAACGAAACGAGUCGUGGGCCACCCGAUUACGACAACAACUCAGUUCUCUAAUCGUCAAACAACCCAAUGAAGAGGAGGCUUUGAUAGAAAAGGCCAAAGAAGAAGUCGUGCAACGAAUCAUCGAUGAUCUUGGCUACAUUUAUCCCAAAAUCAAAACAGAAACGCACGACCGCAAGAGGAUCACCAAUAUUGUCAACCGAGCCGCCACGCUCAACAUGGCCAUCAAAGGUCUCGAAAUUCGAAUUCAAAUCCUGAACGUUGAAGAAGGCGACACUCACUUUGACAGUCAUCUCAUGAAAGCCUCCGCCAAAGGCAAACCAGAAGGCGUGGUAUUUCUCAUGAUCACUCCGGCAUUUGUAGCCAAGGAUGAAAAUGAUCCAGAACACGGAUUCCUCAUCCCAUCCACCGUGUUUUGCGUUGAAAAGAAGUCUGAUGUGACAGAGUAA